UUGCACUAUUUUACUUUUAGUCGAUUUUCUCAAAGCCCUAAAAUCUAUUUCUUCAGCCUCCUCAUCGCGGACAACUCAAAAACCUCUUUUUAUUCUCUGGAAAGUUCAGUAUUUUCUUUCUUGCCAAACAAAAAGUUGGGUAGAAUCUUUACUGGGUUUGGAAGCGCAUCGUAGUAAUGGCUUCAAAAACAGCGACCAAAGAUAUCAUCACUCUGCGUGGCUCUGCCGCCAUUGUCAGCGAGUUCUUCGGAUAUUCAGCAAACAGUAUUCUGUACAAUCGAGGAGUGUAUCCUGAGGAAAGCUUUGUGAAGGUGAAGAAAUAUGGAUUGCCAAUGUUGCUUACUCAAGACGAGGGCCUCAAAUCCUUCAUUGCAAACCUAACUGCCCAGCUUUCUGAAUGGCUGGAAUCUGGAAAGUUACAGAGAGUUGUUCUGGUCAUAAUGAGCAAGGCCACCAGUGAGGUUCUGGAGAGGUGGAACUUCAGCAUUGAGACCGACAGUGAGGUCGUUGAGAAGGGCAUGUCGAGGGAAAAGAGUGACAAGGAAAUCAUGAGGGAGAUUCAAGCGAUCAUGAGACAGAUUGCUUCGAGCAUCACUUACUUGCCAUGCCUUGAUGAACCCUGUGUGUUUGAUGUGUUGGCGUACACGGAUAAAGAUGUUGCAGUCCCAUUCACUUGGAUCGAGAGUGAUCCGAAACUGAUUACAAAUCCAGAAAUAGUGAAACUGCAUUCCUUUGACACCAAGAUCCACAAGGUUGACACUCUAGUGUCGUACAAGAACGACGAAUGGGACGAGCAGUAAGGAGAGGAGGGGGAUGGUAACCAGUAUUAAUGUUUCGUGGACUUUUGGUAUUGUGAAUCUUUUAUUCACAAUUUGUUACAACGGUUGGGACGAGGAUGAGAAAUUGUGUACUGAACUAUCCGUAAGAUGUGUUUCCGUCUUGAUGUUUUUGACGUGGGUGUUGGAUGUAUAAUUGUAUGUUGGUGGGUGGAACGCGUGUUUUGAGUUGUAUUCAUUUCGUACCAGACAAGUCAUCGAAUGUGUUAGCUUUCAUAUAUAAAAACAGAUUCUGUUGUUCC